AUGAAGCGUGCCCAAAAACAUUUAGCCGAGUACAGUAAAGCGCAGAAACGUGAAGUUAACCUGAAGCGCAAUGCUGAAAAGUUUGGAAACUUCUACGUAGAAGCAGAACCUCGCCUGGCUUUCGCCGUUCGUAUCCGUGGUAUUAAUGGAAUUCAUCCCGAGCCUCAUCCGAUGACGGCAGUCAUACCCAACAUCUGUGAUCCAACAUCCUAUACUCCGCCACCCUUAAUCACGGACAUCAUCGUUCCCCCGAACUCCCCCGCCACCCGCUCCAUCGAUCACACCGGUAACCUCCGUUGA